AUGAAACUGAUUCAUGCCUUUUUCCGAAUCGGCCGUCUGCUGGAUAGCCCUUUUUUCGAAGCACACGUGAAGAUGAACAUUGGGCCUGCUUUGUUUCCACUAAUUUUUUGUUUAUUUCCGCUUGUUCAAGGGCAAGAUGAAAUAUCAAGGUAAGAAAUUUCAAAUUUGAAAAAUUUACGAGCCUUGGAGUAUUUCCCCCUUAAGCAUAACAUAUUUUACUAUUAACUUACAAACAACCUUAAUAUGCAAAGCAAAUUAUUAUUUCUACUGAAAUCAACAUUUUCAGACUCAACGAUGUUUUGAAGGAAUUUGAAAUGGAAUGUAAGUGGAAAACACACUGCUAGAGCAUAGAAAUUAAGAGUCAAAAAUGUAGUUGACAUGACGAUGUUUUUAGAUCUUGACCAAUGGGAGUUCCUCAACCACUCGCUGAAUUUCUGUCGGAGGAACACCCAGAAAAGCAACACCCCAUUAAAUGAUCUGGAAGAAGGAAAGAUCAGCUUUUGCGAGUGAGUCUCAAAAAAUGUCAUUUCCUUUGAGUAUCUCCUUAUACCAGUUUGUCGGGAAAAUAAUGUGGAUUCGUAUACUAAUUAAGCCUUCUCUAUGCAGUUCUCUGCCAUGCGUAAAACGGCAAACCGAGGCGCCCAAAGGCAUCGGUGAUCCGAAAAGGCGUAGAGCCGCCAUGCAGCAAGCAUUUUCCAGCCAAAAUAAAACUGUUUGACGUUUCAGCUAUAUGGACGUCCAACGGAACCAAACUUGUAAAAAUCUUCAAGUUGAGAGUUGUAGACGUUUUAGUCGAAAACUUUUACUCGAUUACGCAUUUCAAUAUCUGGAAGCAAUGAAUACGAGCUCCUAUGCCCUCACAGACAUCUGUCUCACGGGGGAAAACUCGAUAAAUCCACAACUUUUUGACGAGCUUGACAAGUUGGUUAUUGGUGACAUUCCGUUAAGUCUCUAUGUAAACGACACUCAAACCUUUGAAAAAGAUGUUAUCGUUAUCCCAUCAAAGGAAGUCCAUCUCUUGGCCAGACCUGAUGCGUUUUGCAGAAACUUUAAUGUGAACGUUCAACUUGAGGAUAUUCGAAAUAAUGAGAUUGAAUAA